AAAUCGGAAUCCAAUAGAAUUGGUGGUCUCCGUCGCCAACCUUCCAACUUCAUCCGAUAUGGGCAUCCGCCUCCGCCGCCGGCGGUGGAUCCUCCUAGCCCUCGCCUCCGCCGUCUCCGCCUACGGCGCAUACAGGAUCUACCAUCUCCCCUCCGUCGCGCGGGGCCGCAGGAAGCUCUCUCGCGUGCUCGCCGCUCUCUCCGCCGCCGCAGACGCAGCAGCCUCCACCGCAGAGGCUGUCUCUCUCGUAUCGUCUGAUCUCACCCGCUUCCUUCGCUCCGAUUCCACCGAUCUCCCCUCCAGCCUGAAGCAGAUCACUAAGAUCGUCCGCUCCGACGAGUUCUCGGAUUCCGUUUCUAGGGUUUCGGAAGCCCUAACGACGGGAAUCGCGAGAGGUAUCCAGUUCAGCGAACAUUCGGCCUAUCCUCCCAUUUCAGAGCCCAGGGAUGGAGCAAGAUUCACGGAUCGGAUCAUGGACAGGCUGUUCUCCGCCUCUGGAUCCGGGCUUGUAUCUGUGAUGGCCGGGAGCUUUGCGAGGGGUCUCGUGAUGGGGUUCUAUCAAAGCGAAUCGAGCGACGGCGAAGAAGGAUUGGACUCGCAGGCGGUGCCGCGCUUGGUGCAAUUGAUGUGCCGUGACGAAUCUAGAGAGCUCAUUGGAAAUUGCGUUCAACUCUUCGUGAGCACAGCCGUCACCGUGUACCUCGAAAAAACGAUGGAAAUCAACGCCUUUGAUGAGUUCUUCUCCGGGCUCACCAACCCCAUCCACGAGGCUAAGAUGAAGGACAUGCUGGUUUCAGUGUGCAAUGGAGCAGUCCAAACCCUUGUCAAGACUUCCCACAAGGUUCUGACGAGUUCGAAUUCCUCCUCUCAUGGAAACAAAACAGAAAGUUCCAAACUUGAGGAGAAAUCUGGCGCGGAACUCGCAAGGAGUUUUACAUUGAUCGAGGAUGGUGGUGGCUGGGUGGAUCAAAUAACAUCCACAUUGUCUGUGCCAGGCAACAGGAGGUUCGUUCUUGAUGUCACAGGGAGGAUAACCUUUGAGACUGUCAGGUCAUUCCUUGACUUUGUCCUAUGGAAGAUGUCUGAUGCUUCCAGAAGAGGAGCUAAUGGUGUUAAAGAGGAGUUGAUACGGGGUUUGGAAGUUUUGAGGCAUUUAAGCGCCAGGUCGAUUAUCAUUAUUGCUGUAUGCCUCUGCUUGUGCCUGCAUAUUUACAUGAGGAUGCCAAUUCUUACCUCAGAUUUGGUUGGUAACUGAUAUCUUGGAGUUCAGUAAGGAUUUUUAUGCACUGAUAUAAAGAAGGCAGCUUUCCAUACCUGUGAGUAUUCCAAUCUGAUAGGGGUGAUACUUCUAAACACUCAUUAUAUAUACAUACAGAAGGAAUUAAAAAAAAAAUGCUCUUAUCUGUAAUCUAUUAGAUGCUCAAAGUAUGUAGUAGAAGUGGCUGGUGAUGAUUGAUGUCGAGAUGUAUAUAUGGAAGACACAUUCAAUAAUUUGAAAAGGCUUCAAUGGAUGUACUUUGUAUUCAUAAUCCUUGUUGAAACAUAUCGUUCCCUGUUUGUCUUUGCUGA